AUGCCCGGGGUCGGGCCGUGGGCGCCGCUGCUGCUGUGGCUGCUGCAGUCCGCCUCAGGGAAGCCCCGUCUGGCCCCUCCCCAGAAUGUGACGCUCUUCUCCCGGAACUUCAACAUGUACCUGACGUGGCUCCCAGGACCUGGCAACCCUGAGGAUGUGACCUAUUUUGUGAAUUAUAAGAGCCCUCCAGUAUUUCAACAGUGGCGAAAAGUGAAGAACUGCACAGGAACCAAAGAACUGGAAUGUUCUCUGAUGUGUGAGGAGAAACUGGACCUGUUCAACAAGGUCAAGGCACGUGUGCGGGCAUCUUCUCCCAUCGGCAGAUCCCACUGGGUGGAAUCUAUGUCCCUGGAAUACCUUUUUGAUGUGGAGCCGGCCCCACCUGUCCUGGUAGUCACUAGGACAAAGGAGUUCCUGAGCAUCAAUGCCACAUACCAGCUGCCCCACUGCAUGCCUCCAUCAGACUUGAAAUAUGAGGUGGCUUUCUGGAAAGAGGGGAGUGAAAACAAGACCCCCUUCCCGAUCACUCCCCAUGGCCAGCCGGUCCAGAUCCCCCUCCAGCCGACCACUGAUGAAAGCUACUGCCUCAGUGCCAGAACCAUCUACACCUAUGCUGACUCCAAAUACAGCCAGUUCUCCAACUCCACCUGCUUCUCGACGGAGGCCUCAGGAACCAACUGGGCUUUCCUGGUGCUGCUGCUGCCAGUGCCAUUGGCCAUUGCCACAAGGUGUGUGAUCCAGAAAAGCGUCAGAGGGAACCCCUGGCUCCAGCAGACACAGAAGCCACAGGCCCUGGACUUCUCUGGACACAGACACUCCGUGGCAACCUUUCAGCCCUGUGGCCCAGAGAGGCCAGAUAACUUGGUCCUCUGUUCCCCAAAGGAACUGACCAGAAGGGUCAGGCUGGCCCCGAGGGUGCGCGCCCCAGCCCCUGUGCAGGCAGGGCCGGACGGCAGUGCCCAGGACGAGGGUGAGGAUGAGGACGAGGAUGACAGUGGCCGCGUCCAGCCCUAUCUUGAACCACCCCCCUUCCUGGGCCAGGAACUCCAGAUCCCAGCGGGGCCUGGGACACCUCUGGCCCAAGUCAAAGAGUCUCCUGCUUGGGACUGUUCGGACAGAAGCUGGCCCAGCACUGGGGGCUCCUCCUCCUGGGACGAGGCUGGGUCCUCGGGCUAUACGGCCAAGAAGGGGCCUGGCCCAGAGCUGGGUGGGGACAAACUCUCUGAGGACACAGGUUCCCAGGAAGAGUCCUUGAAAGAUGACGUCCCCUCCUGGGCCCACCCGGACUCCUUUUCACUAAGACUGAGUCUGCUGCCUGAGGAGCUCCCCAUUUCUCUUAAGACACUGACCUUCAUGGACAGCAGCCCCGAGGAUGAAGAGGAGGAGGAAGAGGAGGACGGGAGGGAAUCAGAAGCUGAGGACAAGGGUGCUGGCAGCUGGGAGGCUGAGAGCCUCUGGGGGACUGAGGUCAGAGGUAGGACACUGGGACAUUACGUGGCCAGGUGAGCUGACCCCCACGGCCUGCCAAGUCUGGUGCUGCUGAGCCUCCUAAGGACCUCAAGACUCCAAUGAGACUUGUGCAUCUGGGAGUGUCGUCACUGAGACAGUGGAGGGUCUUUGAAGCCCUUUGGGGAACUGAACCCCAAAAAAAUCUGUUGGUCAGGUUGGGCAAUCACAAGCCACGGCGUCCUCUGACCCGUACUUUGGGCUGAGCUGCAGGAGGAGUUGAGGAAAGGCUGGGUCCAGGUCAGAGGUGAGUGGCAGCUCAUCCCCCUGUCCCCAUGGGGAGAGGCCAGGAGGGAACAUGAAACAGGUGAGGUCAGGCUGAGGUGGACAUCAGUGGGUGACACCAUUAGGGCCAUCUGGAAUUUGGGGAGAAGGAACUUUGGACACACAGGUGCACCAGUCUCCUUUCUUCUUGCACCCAUGGAGCUCCCCCCACCCCAAGUCUCGGCCUCCUCAUCUUCCCCCUAGGGCAGGCAGUAAACCGUGCCCUUAACGUGCCCUUAACAAAGGUGUUAGAGGGGAAGUGAAAGGGCCUUCAAAUCCCAAUCAUGGAGUUGCAGUUUUUAACCUCAGAUAGGCCUGGGUCCUCGUCCCAGCUCUGCUGCUUACUGCUUGUGUGGCCUUGGGUCUGCUGCCUCCCUUCUCUGUGCCUCAGUUUCCCUGUCUGCAGCCGCCGCCUGGGGUGCUUUAGGAUUCUAAGAGAGACACAUGUACAGCAUGAUGUCUGCCGUGUUGCCACUCCCGCUAG